AUGCCCGGCCCCAGGCCCCCGGGCCAGCGCUGGGUGUGGAUGAACUUCGAGUCGCCCACUCACUCUCCGGGGCUGCGGUCCCUGGCUGGGAACCUCUUCAACUGGACGCUUUCAUACCGGACUGACUCGGAUAUCUUCGUGCCGUAUGGCUACCUUUAUCCCAGGAGACACCCUGGUGACCAGCCCAAGGGCCUGGCCCCCCCGCUGGGCCGGAAACGAGGCCUCGUGGCUUGGGUGGUGAGCCAUUGGGAUGAGCAGCAGGCCAGGGUCCAAUACUACUAUCAGCUGAGCCAGCACCUGCCUGUCGACGUGUACGGCCAGGGCGGGCCGGGGCGGCCGGUGCCCGACACUGGGCUUCUUCAUACAGUGGCCCGCUACAAGUUCUACCUGGCUUUCGAGAACUCUCAGCACCUGGAUUAUAUUACUGAAAAGCUCUGGCGAAACUCGUUGCUGGCCGGGACGGUGCCGGUGGUUCUAGGCCCAGACCGUGCCAACUAUGAGCGCUUUGUGCCCCGCGGCUCCUUCAUCCACGUGGACGACUUCCCUAGUGCCUCUUCCCUCGCUGCCUACCUGCUUUUCCUCGAUCGCAACCUGGCAGUCUACCGCCGAUACUUCCAGUGGCGCCGGAGGUUUGCAGUACAUAGCACCUCCUUCUGGGACGAGCCUUGGUGCAGGGCCUGCCAGGCUGUGCAGACUGCUGGGGACCAGCCCAAGAGCAUUCGCAACUUGGCCAGCUGGUUUGAGCGGUGAAACCACCUAGAAUGUGACCAUUUUGAUCCUUUACUGGGUACUCUCCUUGACUGCCGCCAAUUCAUGGGACUAAGUUCCCCAAUCACCUAUUUUUGCUCUCUGGGAUUAAGGUGAUUUACCAAUUAAUACUAAUUAGCCCAAGGUUUGGGGUGGAAAGGAUCCUUGAUUUUCAUGGUCUUUCACACAACUAGCAGUUGUGCUCCCUCUGUUGUAGGUGGGUGUCUGAUGUACAAAAAGCCUUUGGGAAGGUUUCUUUGAAUUUCCUCCUCUACCACAGGCCAUAAUUGUAGCCUGUGCACUCUGAAUCUUGAACACUGCUGCUCCUGGACUCACAUCUGCCUGGCCAAGGUGAAGCAAACCCCUGGUGUUUAGAAAGAGCGUUGGUGCGAGAUAGUGGAAGAACUCUGUCCACAUAUGGGUCUUUUCUUUGUUGGUUGGAUUCCUCAAAGCCUCUGCUCCUGGGAAAGGUGAGGAGUGCAGUUUAUGAAGCCACUGACUUCCUUAAUAAGGACUGUUUGUUUCUUGCCCUAUGAAUGAACAAAUGCUGGAUUUUCCUUGGAGAAGAAUUAAGAUGAAUAUAUGGGUGUGCCUCACUUUGUACAAGAAGUAUAUUCCUGAAAAGCUGCAUCUAAAUCACAGCCCAAAUUCAGUGCCCUAAGGGAGUUCAGUAUUUAAUGGAACCUUAUGGAAAAAUCCCUUUACAAUGUGAAUAAUCAUCUAAUUUAUUUCUUCCGCUUUAUAUUUUAUAUAUAAGGCCAGCGAUCUAGCUCAGUGGUUCCACUGCCUGCC